UAACCCAAUGAAACCAUGAGUUUGAAAUACGCUUAUUUUAAUUGGACAAAACUAUUAUGUGACGCUUCCAGCAUUCACCACCAAUCAGACGCCUGGCAUUACUCACUUCCUCCUUUAAGAAGCUGUGAAGGAAGCGGGUUCUUACAGCUUCUUCCUUCUGUGGUUUUUGGGCUGUUUGGCAGUAAACUUCCGGCCAUGCCUGAACCCUCUAAAUCCGCUCCGGCCCCGAAGAAGGGCUCCAAGAAGGCGGUGACCAAGGCGCAGAAGAAGGACGGUAAGAAGCGCAAGCGCAGCCGCAAGGAGAGCUACUCCGUGUACGUGUACAAGGUGCUGAAGCAGGUCCACCCGGACACCGGCAUCUCGUCCAAGGCUAUGGGCAUCAUGAAUUCAUUCGUGAACGACAUAUUCGAGCGUAUCGCGGGCGAGGCGUCGCGCCUGGCGCAUUACAACAAGCGCUCGACCAUCACAUCCAGGGAGAUCCAGACGGCCGUGCGCCUGCUGCUGCCCGGGGAGCUGGCCAAACACGCGGUGUCCGAGGGCACCAAGGCCGUCACCAAGUACACCAGCUCCAAGUGAGCCGGCCCGCCACGGAGUGAUCGAACCACAUCCAUCACUUCACGAUCCUGCUGAAGCCAUCAGUGCAAUUAAACUCAUCAGAGUACUCAGAACAACGUCCACUGGAUUCUUCACUUCUGUCAUCCUGACAGUCCUCCGAUACAUUUUCAUUGGAUCCAAAAUCUUGGUGGAGGAAAAUCCCUGAACACUAUCCUGACUUCUUAAGGUGGAAUGCUUAUCUCCAUAGGCUACGUGAGACUGUAGCUGUUGCUUCCUUCAAACCUAGUGUUAAAUUUUGGCAGUGGCCACACCGUGGAACAUAGACUUCUAAAAGUCACAAACCAUGACUUUGAAUAGUUUUUCAGUUGUAAUUUGGUGGAGGUAAGAAAUAUAGAAGAAUAGAUGCCAUUUAUCUGUAUCAUGUACUGCUGCUCUGUUUCAGCCUUCAGUCCAUCCUAUGUAGGAAGGUGAAAGCUUGCAGUAGUCCUUUAAGGCCACUCUCAUUCCAUAUCUGUUUUCUAGAUGAACAAACUAAUGCACAGAGAAGGGGAAUAUUUUGUCUAAAUAGCUAGAGGAUCAAUGACAGUCAGUUUUUAAGCCUCAUGGUAGUGGCCAUCACUGUAAAAGUGAUGUAUUUUGUGGUCUUUUGUUAUCAUUAAAUUCUCUCAAAACAAAUAAACAAAUGGAGAUGGGCCACCAUUUGUAUUUGUUUUAAUAGUGAAAAAGUUGCCAUUCUUUAUUUGGGAGAAAAAAAAGUUUGUCCUUCUUGUUCCCAAGAACAGAAAAGAAAAAAAAGGACAGCUUAUUAUUUUUUUUUUGGCAAACACUGGUCCAGCUCUCUUUAGAGGGUCCUGUAGCCCUACUCCUAUCAUCAUAUAGUUAAUAACUUUUGCCUUUCCUGUGGGAAACAGCAUGUAUAGCAAAGUCUGCCUGUUGAUUAUAAAACUGAAAUAAAAAAUAAAAAAACCUGAAACCUGUUUCUAACUUUUCCAAAAGACAGUGUUUGAAAAUUACAACUUAAAUUCACAUAGUGCUUGCACACAGACUGUAUUUCAUCUGUUGGAAAUGUGUGCCAAUUUGCUGUUACAUCAUGCUACCAAGGAGCAGAGAAACCUGCCCACUGAAACUGCUGUGAAAGACAUGGAAUUAUACUUGUAUCUCUUAUCUGACCAUCACUUCUGUCUUGAAAGCGGUAGCGGUAAUGAAAUUGACAAGAGGUCCCUCCCUGAAGCAGCAGCCCAGCUGGGAAGACCCUUUAUAUUCAUUUUCCCAGAGGGUCAGCAAUUCAGAUUUCUCCAAGUGAAAGGCUUAAACUUUCACUGUGGAUGAGACCUGAAUGCUGUUUAAUUAUUUGCAAUGGAUGCUAUGUAUCUACAUAAUUAUUUAAACAUUAACCCAUCCUUAUUCUUAGCUUCUUUUGUUCUCAUUCUAAAGGACCAAAACUAGGCCUAGUCCAGGGAAGGAAGUCAUAAGGUCCUGAUUUCUAUGGGCUGUUCUACUUAAAGGAAGGCAGUUUUAAUGGGGAAAAAUCUUAUCUUUCCCCCUAUCAUAAUGUAACCAUAUUUAGGGAUAGAGUCUUUAAUUAGGUAAUUAAAUUAAAAUGAGGUCAUUGGAGAGUGAUUGGGUCCUGAUCCAAUAUGACCAGUGUUCUCUUAAAAGAGGAAAUUUGGACACAGACACAGAGGGAACAUAUGUGAAGACAGAGGGGGAAAACAUGGCCAUCUGUGCUAAGGAGAGGGCCUAGAACCUAUCCUUCCCUCAUGGCUCUCAGAAGGAAGUAACCCUUUUGGCACUUUGAUCUCAGACUUCUAGAUUCAAGAAGAGUGAAAAAACAAUUUUCUGUUUUUUUAUCCACCCAGACACCCAGACAGGAGUACCUUGUUAAUGCCAGUGGUGAAAGUGAAGUUGCUCAGUCCUGUCCGAUUCUGCGACCCCUUGGACUGCAGCUUACCAGGCUCCUCCGUCCAGGGGAUUUUCCAGGCAAGCAUACUGGAGUGGGUUGCAAUUUCCUUCUCCAGGGGAUCUUCCCUACCCAGGGAUUGAACCCGGGUCUUCCGCAUUGUAGGCAGACACUUUAAUGUCUAAGUCCCCAGGAAAUCUGCCGGUAACAGUAACAUAUCAGCCAGUAACACAAAUAUAAUGUUACAAUCCCUAUCCUCUGUCUCUUUACCUGUAGACCAAAGAUACUAUUAGCACUUACCUCCUUAUGUUGAAAAGUUAAUGCACAGUAUCUAAAGAUAAUAUGCACUUGACACAUGGCAGCCAAUAACUAACGUGACUUUUUCCCCCAUAUGCCAAAAGCAAGAUGUAAAUGCCAUAUAAUUUACUCCUUGAAGGCAGAUCGUUGAGUAAAGAGCCAUAACAUAAACUCUGACAUUCAGCAAUCCCCUAAAUGACAAAAUAUUAGAGCAAAUGAAAUAAAAAAAAACUUACAGAUGUAUAAGGAGAUAAAGCAAAUGAAAUA